UUCAGAUACAGUUUUAGUCAAUGGCAAUUCAGAUACAUUUUUUUUUUUUUUAAUUUUCAGCAACACUGUUAGCCUUUGCUCCAUUUUUUAUCUUCUACAUAGUAAGAUAAAAGUUUGAUAUGAUGUUGUAUUUUCCAUUGUUGUCUCAGGUUGGGAAGAUGAAUUGGUUGGUUGCUGAUGCUGUCGACUACAAUGGGCUCCCCGCUGAUAGGUCUAAAACCGGCGGUUGGGUGUCUGCUGCGCUGAUCCUAGGAAUAGAAAUAUGCGAGAGGCUUUCAACAAUGGGGAUAGCUGUAAAUCUAGUGACCUACUUGGGAGAAACAAUGCAUUUGGCGAGUGCUACUUCAGCUAAUAUUGUCACAGAUUUCAUGGGAACCUCUUUCCUCCUGUGCUUUCUUGGAGGCUUGCUUGCUGACUCUAUCCUGGGCAGAUACAAGACCAUUGCAAUCUUUGCCAUAAUACAAACACUGGGUACUGUUGCAUUGGCAAUUUCAACAAAGCUGCCGCAGCUUCGUCCACCUCCAUGUGAAUCUCCUCUCCUAAGCAACUGCAAACAGGCAAAUGGAUUCCAAAUGGGAGUUCUGUACUUGGCUUUGUACAUGAUUGCACUGGGAACAGGAGGCCUAAAAUCGAGUGUUUCCGGGUUUGGAACCGAUCAGUUCGACGAGAAAGACGAGAAGGAGAAGACACAGAUGGCUUAUUUCUUCAACAGGUUCUUCUUCUUCAUCAGCACCGGGACGUUGUUGGCUGUUACAGUGCUUGUUUACAUUCAAGACGAGGUGGGAAGAAGCUGGGCUUAUGGGAUUUGUUCUUUGGCCAUGUUCAUAGCCAUCUUGGUGUUCUUGUCAGGGACAAGGAGGUAUAGGUACAAGAAUAGCUCUGAGAGCCCCGUCGUUCAAAUUUUUCAAGUUAUCACAGUUGCCAUCAAGAAGAGGAAGAUGAAGCUGCCUUACGAUAUCGGCAUGCUCUAUGAGAACUCUCCAGAGGCUUCCAGAAUCCCUCACACAGAUCAGUUCUGUUUCUUGGACAAAGCUGCCAUAGUUGCAGAAGGAGAUUUCGAGGACAAUAAUUCUUCAAGUCCAAAUCCAUGGAAGCUAUGCUUAGUGACAAGGGUGGAGGAGGUGAAGAUGAUUUUGAGACUACUGCCUGCAUGGGCCACAACCAUCAUCUUCUGGACCACCUACGCGCAAAUGAUCACCUUCUCGGUUGAGCAAGCAUCCACCAUGCAAAGAUCAAUUGCAGGUUUCAAAAUCCCAGCAGGGUGCCUCACAGUCUUCUUUGUGGCCGCCAUACUCAUCACUCUCGCCGUCUACGACCGCCUCAUUAUGCCCCUCUGGAAAAAAUGGAAAGCGAAACCAGGUUUUACGAGCCUGCAGAGGAUUGCCAUAGGCCUAGUCCUCUCAAUACUGGGAAUGGCAGCGGCAGCAAUAGCAGAGAUGAAACGAUUGUCGGUUGCCAGAGCCAAUGGCAGAAACACAGCGACUCUGGACAUAAGUGUGUUUCUGUUGAUUCCACAGUUCUUCUUGGUUGGAUCCGGGGAAGCCUUCAUAUACACAGGCCAACUCGAUUUCUUCAUAACUCAAUCGCCGAAAGGAAUGAAGACUAUGAGCACUGGGCUCUUCCUCACAACCCUUUCGCUUGGUUUCUUUGUCAGCAGCUUGUUAGUUUCAGUAGUGAAAAGGGUGAGUGGAGGCGGCAAUGGACAGGGAUGGCUGGCGGAUAACAUAAACUAUGGAAGGCUUGAUUGUUUCUAUGCACUUCUGGCCAUACUUAGCCUUGGCAACUUCAUGAUAUAUCUUGUUUGUGCAGUGUGGUACAAGCAGCAGAAGAAGCCCAAACCUGCCAUUGAAAUGGUUGAAGACAAGUGUUGAUUAAUUACUGCUUUGUUAGAAUUGCAAAUUAGCUUUUUGUUUAUGUAGUGCUUGACCCGCUUGGGGGUCGGUUGUCUUGCUGCUCCUGAUUUGUUAUCAAUAUGGAUAUGGGUUGUGUUC